AUGUUUAGCUCUCCGUACGGGCUCAGAGAGGAAAGUUCAAGUAGCAGCUGCAUGAGCAACUUCUUGAUUCGCCGAAAUCUAACCACCACCACAACCAACACGACCAGACAUGAGCGCAGUGUGUUUAAUUUGACCACCAGUGAAGAUGACGAUGAGGUUAAAUUUGACAGUAAGUUGACAGACACCUGACAUUGUUCAAAUAUGGCCACGCUAACUUGCUAGGCAGAAUUGAGAAGUCAUGUGUGGGGCUGUCGGCGGAGUCAUCCUGCUGUCAGCAAACCUCUCAACCUACCCACUGAACCUACCCAAACUCAGUUUUGGGGGCUGCUUUCGAUCCACACCCUCAUCAUCAGUACCAUGGGGCAGAUAGAUAGAUUAGAUAGAUUAGAUUAGAUUAGAUUAGAUUAGAUAGAUAGAUAGAUAGAUAGAUAGAUAGAUAGAUAGAUAGAUAGAUAGAUAGAUAGAUAGAUAGAUAGAUCGAUCACAACUGUGGCUACAUCCCUCCUCACAUUUUGACAAAUAACUAAUUUAGCUAUGACCAAUCAGCUAAGUGAGAUAUUUUUCUAGAAUGUCGUUUAUAGCCAUGUCUUUCCUUUACUCCUAUUGGUUGGUUGGCUGCAUUACCAUUUCUGCUGCCCCAAAAAGAUAACCUUCUUCCCAGUCAUAACCCUCUAGUGAUGCAACCAGUGGACAUGCUUCCCAUUACAGUACAGUACUAUAUACUGAUGGCAGACAGUCAAUUCAACAUCAUAAACUGUUGCCAAAUCCAAUGAGUACAGAAUAAACCAACAAUCAGCAUACACAAAUAUAAGAGUACAUUACAUACAGUUUUGUCAUGUUUCUCACACUCCCUCUCUCCUUAUAUUUUGCUACUGACCUGGGGUGGAGGGGCCAGUGUGUACUGUUGUAGACAGAUAAGCCUUACCACUGAGCACACCCCAGCAUGCAUAAACAAGAUGGGCUGGCUGACUUUGAAGUGGUUAGGUUAAUUUAGCAUUAGUGUUGGAAUUUUUUCAUAUUGAGCCAAUAUCACACAUACUGGUAGACAAAAUGGACCUAGGGGAGAAAGAAAUUGCAGCGUUAAUUGCCAAAGUUAUUGCCGAAGGUAAGAUACAUUUUCUAUUUCAUCUGUUAACUACAAAGCUUAUUUUCUUUAUAAAGGGGUAUUGAAGUAAUCACAAAAAUAGGUUGGUGAUUAUUUGUUAUGUGAUGUUGGCCAUCAUCUGGCUACAGGACGUUUUGGAGGGGACUGUUCACCAUUGAGACACACAACUUUGCUUUUAUCCAUCUAUUACAUAAUCUAUAAUCUUGUUACAAACACUUACCACUCGCUCCUCUGUCCUGUCUCUCAUUCUCCUCUAUGUAAACACAGCGUCAGACUCGGAUAACAACUGUGAGGUUCUGAUGGCUGGCAAGCAGUACCUGUCCAUCCAGGAGUUCGCCUCAGCCAUCCCCAACCACCUUCUGCUGGGGUCUCUGCUGGAACACCUGUGCUUUGUCUACGAGAGCGACCCGACCCGCUCACAUAUGCUCUUCAAAGGUAAAGAGGAUCGACUAAACUCUCUCUCUGUCAGUAGAACAUGAACAUUCUCUGGUUGUUGUGUAGAGGGAGGUUAGGAUAUGAUUAUUUUAAACAAAGUAACUUGGUAAACUCCGGGGGGUUUUCUGUGUUUUUGCAACACUUUUGCAUCACUGACUUCUGUAAAGAUUAUUUUUUGCGUGAAGAUUCAUUAGAAGAAAAAAGAGAACACUACAGUGAAUUAUUUCCUGGUCUUUGCCAUCCUCUCCAGUCAUUGGUCAGCGUUUAGCAGCGAUGAACCUCCUCUCCCCAUUGGCCAUCAGUGAUGAGUUCAGCACGGUCAGACUCCAACACAACAGAGCCUUCACUGAACUACUGCGUGCUGCCAGCACCUCCCUGUUCCCGUUCCCACAGGUAACACUUGAUGUGUCCAUUUAGUGAUAAUGUAAUGCGGGACAUGCAUGGUCAAGUUUCUUGUUUAUCACUGAUGUUUGCUCACUGACCAGUUUUCUUCCUGCCAUUUCAGGGUAAAAUAUUAUUAAAUACAGACACCCAGAGCCUUACGCAAAGGUAACAUUGUCUUUUGUUACUAGCACUGACUUUGCUGACAAAUACUUUGUUGAGGGAAAAUGUACUUGAUACGAUUGUGAUGUGUUGUUGUCUCACCUACAGUGAGGGAAAAAAGUAUUUGAUCCCCUGCUGAUUUUGUAUGUUUGCCCACUGACAAAGACAUGAUCAGUCUAUAAUUUUAAUGGUAGGUUUAUUUGAACAGUGAGAGACAGAAUAACAACAAAAAAAUCCAGAAAAACGCAUGUCAAAAAUGUUAUAAAUUGAUUAGCAUUUUAAUUAGGGAAAUAAGUAUUUGCAAAACAUGACUUAGUACUUGGUGGCAAAACCCUUGUUGGCAGGUCAGACAUUUCUUGUAGUUAGCCACCAGGUUUGCACACAUCUCAGGAGGAAUUUUGUCCCACUCCUCUUUGCAGAUCUUCUCCAAGUCAUUAAGGUUUCGAGGCUGACGUUUGGCAACUCGAACAUUCAGCUCCCUCCACAGAUUUUCUAUGGGAUUAAGGUCUGGAGAGUGGCUAGGCCACUCCAGGACCUUAAUGUGCUUCUUCUUGAGCCACUCCUUUGUUGUCUUGGCCGUGUGUUUUGGGUCAUUGUCAUGCUGGAAUACCCAUCCACGACCCAUUUUCAAUGCCCUGGCUGAGGGAAGGAGGUUCUCACCCAAGAUUUGACGGUACAUGGCCCCGUCCAUCGUCCCUUUGAUGCGGUGAAGUUGUCCUGUCCCCUUAGCAGAAAAACACCCCCAAAGCAUAAUGUUUCCACCUCCAUGUUUGACGGUGGGGAUGGUGUUCUUGGGGUCAUAGGCAGCAUUCCUCCUCCUCCAAACACGGCGAGUUGAGUUGAUGCCAAAGAGCUUGAUUUUGGUCUCAUCUGACCACAACACUUUCACCCAGUUCUUCUCUGAAUCAUUCAGAUGUUCAUUGGCAAACUUCAGACGGGCCUGUAUAUGUGCUUUCUUGAGCAGGGGGACCUUGCGGGCGCUGCAGGAUUUCAGUCCUUCACGGCGUAGUGUGUUACCAAUUGUUUUUUUCUUCUUGACUAUGGUCCCAGCUGCCUUGAGAUCAUUGACAAGAUCCUCCCGUGUAGUUCUGGGCUGAUUCCUCACCAUUCUCAUGAUCAUUGCAACUCCACGAGGUGAGAUCUUGCAUGGAGCCCUAGGCCAAGGGAGAUUGACAGUUAUUUUAUGUUUCUUCCAUUUGCGAAUAAUCGCACCAACUGUUGUCACCUUCUCACCAAGCUGCUUGGCGAUGGUCUUGUAGCCCAUUCCAGCCUUGUGUAGGUCUACAAUCUUGUCUCUGACAUCGUUGGAGAGCUCUUUGGUCUUGGCCAUGGUGGAGAGUUUGGAAUCUGAUUGAUUAAUUGCUUCUGUGGACAGGUGUCUUUUAUAUAGGUAACAAACUGAGAUUAGGAGCACUCCCUUUAAGAGUGUGCUCCUAAUCUCAGCUCGUUACCUGUAUAAAAGACACCUGGGAGCCAGAAAUCUUUCUGAUUGAGAGGGGGUCAAAUACUUAUUUCCUUCAUUAAAAUGCAAAUCAAUUUUUAACAUUUUUGACAUGCGUUUUUCUGGAUUUUGUUGUUGUUAUUCUGUCUCUCACUGUUCAAAUAAACCUACCAUUAAAAUUAUAGACUGAUCAUUUCUUUGUCAGUGGGCAAACGUACAAAAUCAGCAGGGGAUCAAAUACUUUUUUCCCUCACUGUAGCUAUCUUAAGAUGAAUGCACUAAUUGUAAGUUGCUUUGGAUAAGAGCGUAUGCUAAAUGACUAAAAUGUAAAAAUAAAUUAAAUGUACUGCUGUGUACGUUGCGUUGUGAGUGGAUCUGUGUACGUUGUGUUGUGAGAGGAUCUGUGUACGUUGCGUUGUGAGAGGAUCUGUGUACGUUGUGUUGUGAGAGGAUCUGUGUACGUUGCGUUGUGAGAGGAUCUGUGUACGUUGCGUUGUGAGAGGAUCUGUGUACGUUGCGUUGUGAGAGGAUCUGUGUACGUUGUGUUGUGAGAGGAUCUGUGUACGUUGCGUUGUGAGAGGAUCUGUGUACGUUGCAUUGUGAGAGGAUCUGUGUACGUUGCGUUGUGAGAGGAUCUGUGUACGUUGCGUUGUGAGAGGAUCUGUGUACGUUGCGUUGUGAGAGGAUCUGUGUACAUUGUGUUGUGAGAGGAUAUGUGUACGUUACGUUAUAAGAGGAUUUGUGUACGUUGCGUUGUGAGAGGAUCUGUGUACGUUGCGUUGUGAGAGGAUCUCGAGGAUCUUGAGGAUCUGUCUCUUUGCUAAUUGUCCUCCUCUCACCGUAGACCAACAGAAGGUCUGUUCCAGGCACAGACGUCUCGCUACCUCAGCGAGUUUGAAGAGCUCUCUAGACUUGGAAAAGGAUCCUAUGGCAAAGUCUUCAAGGUACUGAACUGUCCAGUCAAAAUAAAAAUGAUACCAAUGCAUUAAUAAAACCUACAGUGGAGUAAAUUCCCCCUCUUUGUUUUUAUCAUUUGCUUUCUAGGUAACAAACAAGCUGGAUGGGCAGAAGUAUGCUGUGAAGAAAAUUCUCAUCAAGAAUGUUUCACGGGAAGACUGCAUGAAGGUAUGCUAUUUUUCCACAAUUCAUUUAAAAUGUAUUGAGUUUUAAUGAUCCAAAAAUGCAGUAUACUUCAGUGCAGUAUUCGAUAAUGGACACAAGUGAGUUUCAGUCAUUGAGUAUUUUCCUGUCUUUGUUUCAGGUUCUCAGAGAGGUGAAAGUGUUAUCCAGUCUUCAGCACGUCAAUGUAGUGGGCUACCACACUGCCUGGAUGGAGCAUGUCGCACCUGCUUUUACCAGUGACCUCCGUUACUUCUCUCCUCUGACAUGUUCUACAUUCAAAUGAUUUAAUUUAUUCAUAGCUAACCUCUCUUCAUUGUUGUUGUUUUUUCACAUCAUUUCACAUUUGGUACAAUUUCUCAAUUUCAGACCCUGCAUCAAUACUCUCAGCACUGGAAACACCUGCGCUGCCAGAACGGUACGAUUAUUAUAUCGUAUAACUGAAUUACAUGAUUCAGUAUCAUAUUCGAUUCUGAAACAUGUAUUUUUCCACUCUCACAGCACUGAGGAGAGUACCGGCAGUAGCAACGGCUCCUCAAUAGUCUUUGAGAGCUCAGAUUACCCAAAGGAGCCAGUGGCCAUAGGUAAAGCACCAGAGAUCCUCCGGGUGAAAGUCCUGGCCCCUAAAGAGGAGAAGAGCAUGCAGGCGGUGUGUCCUAAAACCAUGCGCCACACCCGUGUCCCAGAGAACUUUGUCCCCUGUGUGUUCCUGGGACGGCGUGGCCUGACGCCGGACGGCUGCCCUGCGGUCAGCUGGGAUGGCUCGGCCCUGUCGGAGGAGGCCUCAGGAACCAGGAACAGGAUGGAGCUGAACAACAACUCCUACAUCGACGUGGGGAGCGAGGAGUGGGACACGAAAUGCCCCGCCAAGGAGGUAUUUAUACUGUGUAACCUAUAUAAUGGAGCUCAGUAGGGCCUCUUAUCCUGUUGUUUUAACACAAUCCUCUAAUCUUCCAACUCUGGACGUCUACAAAUGUCCCCUGUAUGUAUAGAUGAUGUUUUUGUCAAACUCUGAUUUUACUGGACACUAUUCAAUGGCUACCUCAGGUGCAGUUCCACCUUAUGCUGUAUAUUCAGAUGCAGCUGUGUGAACGUUCGCUCAAAGACUGGAUCUCAGAGAGAACCACCGAACACACCUCACAAAGUGAGCAUAUAUAUAACUUUCACAAUAAGAUGCACCCCUUUGUUGCUUUGGCUCUUCAUGCAACAUUAUCAAUGUUUUGAUUAAGUUUAUAUUAUGCAGAAUUUGGUAAUGAGUAUGUUUUGGCUUUUGUUUUACAGAUCCUUACGGGUCUGUGGACACGAAACAAACCCUAAGCAUUCUACAUAAAAUACUUGAAGGAGUGGAAUACAUUCACUCUAGAGGUAUCAUGCACAGAGACCUGAAG